UUCACGGCCUAGCUUACCUUCCUGGUGACGCAGAACUUAUCGAGGCCUCAUGAAUCGGAGAUCAAGUGUUAUGAGUGUGAAAAUGAGUGUAGUUCAAAUGCUGAGGGUGUUGGUGAAUCAGCGAUUAACUGCGGCGGUUGAAGAAAUAUUUGCAGUGUUCGAAAGAAGGAUAGCAGAGUACGAGGAGGAGCUUUCUCGAACAAAACAGGAGAACGAGCGACAACGUCAAGCACUGGACGCUUUUUUCAAGCAGCCUCAAGUUGUGUUACACACAGCAGACGCCAGUGAUAAACAUCUUCAGCACAAGGAGCCUCAGCCCCCUCACAUUAUAAAGGAGGAAGACGAGGAUCACAGAAUCAGUCAAGAGGGAGAACAUCUUGAAGGACCGGUGGAGCCUCCAGUGAUUGAUGUCCCUGUGAAGAGGGAAGAUGACGACAAAGGUCCAAGUGAGGAGGAGAAGAGAGAGGUGAAGCCUCCAAGCAGCAGCUCAACUCAACACAUGACAAUAGAAGCUGAUGGAGACCACUGUGGAGGAUCACAAGCAGACAAACGCUUAGCUUUACUAUCACAUAGUGACAACACAACAUCACACUCUCCUGACACUGAUGAUGAAGACUCUAAAGCCGAUCAGACAUGUCACACUGACAACACACACCUGAAAUGCUCUCAGUAUGAUCAAACUUUUGAGCACAUGAGAGCGCACACUGGAGAGAAACCAUACGUCUGCUCAAUGUGUGAUAAAAGAUACUUUGAGAAGGUACAACUGACAAUACACACAAGAAUACACAACAGGGAAAAAAGUUUUACAUGUUCAGUAUGUGGUAUAGGUUUUAUACGAAACCAGUGUUUGAAAAGACACAUGAGAAUACACACUGGUGAGAAACCAUAUGCCUGUUCAGUGUGUGGUACAGAUUUUGCACAAAAUGGUAAUUUGAAAAAACACAUGAGAAUACACACUGGAGAAAAACCUUACUCCUGUUCAUUCUGCAAGAGAAGCUUUCAUGGCCAAUCAAACCUUGUGCAACACAUUAGAAUACACACUGGUGAGAAACCAUAUACCUGUUCAGUGUGUCUUUCAGGUUUUGCAAAAAAGAGUAGUUUGAAACAACACAUGACAAUCCACACUGGUGAGAAACAAUUUUCAUGUUCAAGCUGCAGCAAAAGCUUUCAUGACCGAGCAAAACUUGAAAGACACCUGAGAAUCCACACUGGUGAGAAACCAUAUACCUGUUCAGUGUGUGGUACAGGUUUUGCGCAAAAUACUCAUUUGAAACAACACAUGACAAUACACACUGGCGAGAAACCAUAUUCGUGUUCAAGCUGCAACAAAACCUUUAAUGACCAAGCAAACCUUAAAAGACACAUAAGAAUACAUACCGGUGAGAAACCAUUUUCCUGUUCAGUGUGUGGUACAGGUUUUGGACAAAAUAGUGAUUUAAAAAGACACAUCAGAAUACACACUGGAGAAAAACCAUAUUCAUGAUGAGAAUGUGUAGAAUUGCAGUCUGUGUGAUGAAAGAUUCACUUAAAAGUUCCAAGUUGACAGUGCUAUUAUAUUUAGUGCUGGUGAGAACAGCAGCAGUAAAUGAAGCUCUGGGACUUUAAAUAAAUCGUGAAGAUUUUGAUAACUUUGACUUUCUAACUAUCACCACAUAUAACAUGUUGACAUCGUCGUGUGUGUGUGUGUGUGAAUUCUGGGCACCAUGGGGGAAAAAAAAAGCAUUGGGUUGUUGUGACCACACCCUUAAUUUUGGGUGGCCCUGUCAGUCAGGGGCCUUCAGAACAUUCCAAACCUUUCCUGCCCUUAGAAAUGUUUGAAACCCCCCAACUGCUGGGGGUCACCCCUGUGUAUAACACAAUCUUGUUAAUGUGCUUGUACCAUUUAAAUGUAAUA